AUGAUCAAAUCUAAACUAUUUAAUAAUCAUAAUCAUAAUCAUCAGCAACCACAUCAGAAUCAGGAUCAGCAUCAACCACAUCAAUUACAUCCUCAGCAUAGAGACUCUUCUCAAGUCGAAUCUGAUCAAUUUCAUGAUUUCAUGUUCGUCCAUCAAACUGGCUCAAGUGAUAGUCAUUCAAUCUCUAAUUUAUCAUUCAAUCGAGUUUCACUAUCACAACAACAAUCACCACCACCACCACCACUACCGAUGAAUCAUCAAAACUCACAUUAUUCAAAAUCUAAAGUCAACAUACCAAGAUUAAAAGCCAAUAAUUCUAGAACUUCUUUACCUGGCCUUCCUUCUCAAGCUCGAUCACCCACUACUAUCACUACAACAGGUCCUAAGAUCCUUAAACUUGAUCAUCACAUUCUACCAUUAUCUUCUCCAUCUCUCACAAACUUAACUCAUCUAAACACCAUCUUAUCACCCUCAGCCAAACCGUCUACUUCAGCAAACUCACAGACCGAUCAAGUACUUCAAAUUACUAAUAACAAGUUACCUUCUCCUCAUGGUUCAACCUUUAUUCGCUCAACUCCUUCAUUACCCAAAGUGGUUCAUCUUCCUCCCUCCUCACUCGAACCUCGUCCUUUCACUCAACAGAGCCGACCUUCUAGACCUUAUCCGGCUUUACCCACUUUCAUCUCACCCAAUGCAAUCAAAAUCACCCCGAUCAGCAGUACCACCACUUCCGAACCCAAUUCGGCUCUUGACACUGUCACCACCGCUUCGGAGCCUCUCAUCGCCGUUCAUGCUAUCGCUGCAACCCCUGUUGUUGAGAGCAUUACCGACAAUUCCAAUACCAUCACUGCUGUUGAUACUACCAUCCCCGUCUCUGAUACUCAAACUACUGUUGAUACUAUCAUCUCCAUUUCAGACACUAAUACCGCUCUUGAUCCCAGCACCGUCACUUGCGACAUUAACACUGCACAAAUCGAUGGUUGUCAAUCCAUUGAAUCGUCUCCGACUCCUGUCUCUUUACCCGUUUCCUCGCCUGCCACUCUUAACGAAACCAUCUCAUCCUCCAUAGUCGCCUCUUCAUCACCUUCAAUUCUUGCACAACCUAAAUCUCCUCCUCAAUCUCAUCCCAUUCAACUUGCGUCCCCUUUUGGCUCUACCAUCCCAAAAUCACGUCAUGACUCUGCAGAUCUUGCUGAAGCUCGCAAAAUCAUUCUAGGUUUACAACUUCAAGUCGAUGGGUUGAAGCAACAGCAGCAAUUACCUCCGUCUCCUGCGCUUUCCAAUCCUCCUACUUCUCAUCUCAAGAAGCGCUUCUCAGGUGUACUGCUUCCUACACGACCCAUCUCACCUGAUGAUGGUAGUACUACAUCCAAGCGUCACUCUGUUGACGCCGCUGUCAACGCCUCUUUUUCUCCCAAAUCUGAUUCUGACACUUCAAGCUUGCCCGAAAUUCAAGCUUCUCUCUGUGCACUUCUCUCUCCCAAUCUUCAAAGUUCGAUAACUCGAUCCUCCAGGGCUGGCUCAUCGCCAAACGUGAUGUCCCCGAAGCUCUGUGCUAGCACGUCCACACAGUCGUCUCUAGUCACUACCUCCGCCAAGUCCCUCACCAAUUCCACUAGGUCUCUUACCGGCCUACGUACUAGAUCUCGUGAUGCAUCUCUCUCCGGUCGCCACGACCUUUCCUACGUUCGAGAUCGGAACAUGUCCUCGGCUCGACAUGAGCUCAUUGAGCGUCUUUCCAUUGCUUCCUCUCGCUCUGGUAUUACGCUUUCAGAGUUUGAGGUCGAGAAGCAGGAGAACGUCGACGAGGCUUUCAAGCCAGCUCAUCAUCGUAGUCAGCCGUCCCAUGCCUCACAGGCUUCAAUCGAGCGCUUUGGUACUCCGGAAUCCUCUCCUCCCUGGGCAUGCUCCAAUGACUCUUUUCCUGAGCCUCCCGGUCGACCUCCGCUUGCGACUCGACCUCAACCUCAGCUUCGUAGCAAGGCCGGGCGACAUUGGCAACAGGUUGGGGAUUCUCAAAGCGCAGCUCGAGCACAUACUGCACAGCGGAGUAUAUCGAGCUUUUCUACUUCUUCAGCAGCUCACCGCACUCUGUCACCACGACGACCUUCCUCACCACCCACUCUAUCAAGAGGCACACUCCCCUUUGGCAGCAAUCACCACGAUCGAAAGAACUCCAUGUACAGCUCUCUCGGAAGUCCUCUUACAGCUGUACCAUCUCAACAACCAAGCAUACAUUCCCUCUUUAGUCCCGAAUCUCAGCAGCCACGUCAGAAGCAUGGUUCCUGGGUCACGGACGUACCUUCGUCAUCUGCAUCGCGGUCUAAAUUUCGUCCUCCAGUCAGCGGUCGCGGACUUCUUCCCUCAGCGUCAUAUAACCGACAAGACACCUCCGCCUCUGCUGUAUCGUCUUUGGAUCAACGACCGAGCAGCGUUCAAUCGAGCUAUGUUGAUGCUAAUGCACCAUCCCCUUCGUUGUCAUCCACGGCUACUACCAUAAGCACCUCGAUCAGUUUACCAAGUUUGGCAGAGGUGCGAACAAUGUCCAAGUUGGAUGUUUAUCUCAUUGCAUCAAAGCUGGCGUCUGAGCUAGAUAGUGCGACGCGGCGGUUCGGAAUCGAAAAGCAAGCACUCUUGGAUGCUUUAACCGAGUCACGUGAGAUGUGUGAUCAACUACGUCAGCUCUGUGAAAGUGAGUUGAACAGUCCAGAACAAGAAUUCAAGUCGGACUCACGAGGAGGAGAAGAAGUGUUGAGAGAAAGGGUUGAAAUGCUGGAGGUUGAGAAUUCGAGAUUAGAGAUUAGAGCGAAUGCCAUGGCAAACGAGUUGAAACGUGCGGUGGUCGAUCUUCGGGUGGCAGGAGAGAAGACUGGCAGCGUGUUGAAGGCUAGCAGGAUUCCUAGACGGAGUGGCUCAUUGGCCAGAUCUGGCUCUAAGCUGUCACUUCAGAGUGAGAAUCAGUGGAGGGCUGAUGAUUCAACCGAACAAAACAACUACGAAGAGGUAUCGAGUCAGUUUGCUGAGUUGGAACGAUAUAGAUUCCAGCCUUCUGAGGGAAAUGGCAUGGAUGAAGUGGCAGAAGAGGAAAAUGAAGAGGAAGAGGAAGAGAUGCACUUAUCUGAUCAUGGGAUGCAGUUAGAAGAGAAUGAGAAUGGUCGUGCUGGAUCACCUGCUUCAACUAUCCUUGCAAGUCGGACUGGGGAUGAAGAUGAGGAGGAGGAUGAUUGGAUCAAUUCGGUUCACAAUCGCAUCUCUCUUGGUACAUUGAGCGGAGAAUCCAAUAUCGGAUGGCGAUUGAGGCCGGAGGACGAGCUAUUUCUACAAGAUUUGGAUGAGGACGAGUUUGAUGGAGUGGCUGCUGAUAUGGCUCGGGGUAAUGACGAGGAUAAUCUGUUCACGUUAAGUUAA